UGAUGUUUUUGGAGACAAGUACGCUGAUGAGAGAAUGUGGAAGAGGCUUUUGUACAGUGUGCAAGAAAAAUACUUAACAAAAUUGAAUAAGUGGGCCCAGUGAGCUGCAGGAGGAUGCAGGGACUGCAGGGCUGUCACAGGCACUGAUGGAGCAGGGUUUCCCUCCUGGUGGUGCUGACCUGUCUGACUGCCGAGAGCCGAUCAGAAGCGCCGCCUCCCUGUCUGCCGAGCCUGAGGUCCAGUCUGUUCUGGAUGGAGCAGGGAAGCCAACAGGCUCAUUGACCAGCAGGCCCGAGAGCUGACCCGAUUGAGGCAGGUGUUGUGAGAGGGGAGAGAUGGCUCGUUUCUCCUCAAGCAGCACCUGCAGGGCAUCCUCCUCCAGGACAAUCCUGACAGCUGCCAGGGCCAGGACCUCCGUGAGCACCUGGCAGAGGGGCGCAGGCUGGCAGAGCACCUCGCCCGCACGCUCAGCCCAGAAAACCACAAAGAUCAGGAGGAGGAGAAGGAAGAAGAACCACCAGCCCCCAGGUAGCAAUGAGCAAGCACGGCCUGGAGGAGGGUGGGUAAAAUAUGGGAGGGCCCAGUUGCACUGGUCAAGGUGUCAAAGUAGCCACAAAUUUCACAGCAAAGGUGUGUGAAAACUGUUUGUUCUUUGAUGACAUUCUCACAACCAGUGAAAAAUUCCUUCCAUUAACAAGGUUGUUCACUGUCUUCAAGGCAUUUCCCAGUAACUAGGAGAAAAAGUCAGUCUUAAGGAUUUCUACAAUCACAGAUUCUACCUGUUCUCCCUCCCCAUGGCUGAACUCAGUAUGAGAUGCCCAUCUGCUUUCUGUGUGGUUGGCCUUCAAAUGUUGGAAGUGACUCCGUAGCAGGGGAUAUGAGCAGACUGAAAUAUUUGCACCAUGUCACCAUAUUGCUAGACAGGGUCCUAGAAGGCACAAGAGCUCCUGACCUACACUGUCAGGAGCCUGUGCCCACUGUGCUGCUGCGGGAACAGUCAACACGGUCCACGCAGGAGGCUGAGCCACUGCGUGGUUCUCUGUGUGUGCUGCCUGCCAACACGGUACCAAGGGGACAGUGUCCCCUUCCUCACCAUCUCCUUACGUGGCCAGUGCACAGAGCACUUGCUCCUCUCUCACUCCUGCCCUCGAGGCUCCCACAUUCUUCCUUUAUCAUAACAGGAUAGCUUUCUUUCUCUUCAAAAUGAAAGCCCCUUGCACUCUGUGGCCAGUCCUUCAUGCCUGUCAUCAGCACCGCCUUGGAUCUGGUGUCCAGUCCCUCUUGGUUUGGUCCUAUUCUUUAUCCCACGAGGUUGAGCAGUGUGGAGCAGGAGGAGAAGGUGAAUGGAGUCCUGCAGAGCCAGUUGGGUGAAGGCCACCUGACUUCUGCCAGUCACCGUGACCUGUGUGACACCGACCAGCCUCCCUGCACCGGUGCCAUCCUGUUUGAUGAGCAGGGAGUCUCCAGGGUGCUGGAUGCAGCUACAACUCGAGGUGACAGCAACACACAGGAAGGACAAGAGCCCAUGGAGACCGGGCUCAGCGGGGAGGAGGAGGAGGCGAAUCCCACCCAGCAGACCUCACUGCAUGAGCAGCGUGUCACCCUCUCCAGUGGCCAGGACCUCUCUGAGUCCCGCUGCCCUUCCCGCUGUCCUGCUGCCCGAUGCAGGAGACGACUGCGCCUGCCCGGGUCCAGCUGAGAACUAUGAAGAGGAGGAAGACGAAGAAGAUCUAGAAUCACUGGCCUCCAGUGUGCCCAGUGAGCUGCAGGAGGACGCAGGGACCGCAGGGCUGUCACAGGCACUGAAGGAGCAGGGUUUCCCUCCUGGUGGUGCUGACCUGUCUGAUUGCCGAGAGCUGAUCAGAAGCGCCACCUCCCUGUCUGCCGAGCCUGAGGCCGAGUCUGUUCUGGAUGGAGCGGCCCCCACGCAGGAGGCCUGUCCCCAAGGGCCUUGGAGUGGAGACUUGAGCCCCUGCGUGUCACAGGUGCAAGCUGCAAACACACAGCUGCAGCCAAGCGCCCUGGUGACUGACUGUCUGCAGCUCCAGCUGGACCAGCAGUGGGGUCGUGGCUGUGGCUUUGCCACAUGGAGCCUCCCCUGCGACCCCUGGAUCCUCGCAGCCAGCGCUGACUCUGGGCACCAGUGGCUGCUCCUCCCAGUUCUUGGAUUCCCAGGAGCCCAGCCAAGACUCCCCGCACUGGCCCAGACGGUCUCUCCCCUGCUCGCUGGCCCGAGUGCCCUGAAACCGAGGAUGAGCAAGAGAAAGUUGCUGUUCAGCAAGUGGAGAGUCACGUGCAGUUUCUCAGGCCUGCAGCUGCGGGUGCAGAGCCGCUGUAACCUCCGUCUGGUCUCGAUGGUCAAGUUGAUCAUUGACUUUGCAAGGCCAGCCAGGUCCCUGGAAUGCGCCUGCCAGGACUCAAGAGUUUUCCUUCUUUUCCAUCCUUGGCGACCUGUAGCUCCCUAGCAGCAGCCCCUGCUGUGACUCCCUCCAAACUCUGAAUGAGAACAGUUAAAAGUGAGCACAUUUAUUGCUCAUGGCAAAAAGUAACUUAGAACCUGGUCCCAGGCAGGAGACCUGCAGUGGCCUUGUCAGCUUUGUGUUCAGCCCCAGAGGUGCAGGGCUGUGUGACGAGGGUGGCGUUUGCAGGGACUCAGUGUCCAGGCACUGUGGACUCAUUUGAGCCGACAUUAGCUGAAGGACACUGAAGGGACCCUAAAGUGACGUCAGUGCAGAAGUAGUUGCACAGGGCGGGACAUCAAUCCUCAUAGACCAUGGGGUCCUUAAGCAUCUGCUCUCUGUCCAUUUCCUUCCCGUUUCUACCUCCACAAGUCCAGGCAAGAGUCCCUGCUCUCUCUGUGCAAUUCCAUUUGGAAUCUCUCCUUCUUCCUUUCUUUGCCGACCCUCUCUAGGAAAAUACUUUUGCUGUUUCUAAAUCCUGAUCCCUGUCCCAGCCAGCGUGACCCACAGCCUGCAGUGGCUUGUUCAUUUCUCCAUUGGACCCUUUCUCUCCUCCUUCCAAACAGUGUGGAAAGGGCCUCAGGCCGGGGUUCUAGUUCCGGGGUUGUCAGCAACAGGUCACGUGGCUUUAGUGGAGUCUCAGCCCUUCGGCACCACGCUCUCCUCGUCAGUCCAAGGGGGACGGGACGUGGAGGAGUCCGAGGUCCCUGCUGGCUCUCACAGCCGGGCUCUUCCCACAGCCGCCCCCCCCUCCCUGAAAGUCUGGGUCGUGGGGGUAUAAGAGGGCCUGUUACUCUGCCAGGGGCCCCUCCCCCUGCAGUGUCUGUCUCUGAGUCUGGUGGGUGACACUGAGCAUGUCCCCCACCAGGAGGCGUGAAAAGCCAUCACUUUUCUGCAAACAAGGGAAGAAAGUGGCUGAUAGAAC